UCACUAAAAAAGAUACCAACAAUCCCCAAGCUAUCCUCUCAAACCCCGACGACCAUUCCGGAACCCUACCUUCCCCUCCUGCGAGGAACCAAGCGACCGUCCCUCUCUGCCCUCCAUUUUCUUUCUUUAACCAUUGAAGAAUCCAUGAAGCGUUCCUUCGAUGAUCGCGACCGCAAGGCGCCUUCCACGGCCGCCGACGCAAAACCCGUCUUCAUCUCCAAGGCAGAGCGCCAGCGUCUCGCACUACAGCGGCGCGAAGAGGAGGCCGCAGAGCAAAAACGCCACGCUCUCGAGCUCGCCGAGCAAUACCGCCCCAAAGGCUCCUACGAACCUCCAUCUUCUUCUACUGCCACGGCCGCCGCUGAAUCCAACCACCGCUCACAUCGCGACCGCGAUCGAGAACGUGAUCAUGAUCGCGACCGCGACCGUGAUCGAGAACGGGAUCGAGACCGCGAACGCCGCCGCGAUCGGGAGCGUGAGCGUGAGGAGGAUGCCCGAACUCGCGAGCGUGCCCGCAGCGAGAAGCUGGCGGAACGAGAGAGGGAAAAGGAGUUGGAUUCAAUCAAGGAGCAAUACCUAGGUUCAAAGAAGCCUAAGAAGCGCGUCAUAAAGCCUAGCGAGAAGUUCCGCUUCUCUUUUGACUGGGAGAACACCGAGGACACAUCCCGCGACAUGAACUCCCUCUACCAGAACCCCCAUGAGGCUCGUCUUCUCUUCGGCCGUGGCUUCCUCGCUGGAAUUGAUCGCCGUGAGCAAAAGAAACAGGCUGCGCGGCACGAGAAAGAGACCCGCGAGGAGAUUCGGCGGAAAGAGGGGGUGGAGGAGAAGCCGGAGGAGGCUGCCGCUCAACGAAAGAAAGAGGCUGCUGCAGAGCUCUACGAUGCCUUCGACAUGCGUGUGGAUAGGCAUUGGACUGAGAAGAAUCUUGAGGAAAUGACAGAGAGAGAUUGGCGCAUCUUCCGUGAAGACUACAACAUCUCCUACAAGGGGUCUCGUAUCCCUCGACCUAUGCGCAAAUGGAGCGAGAGUAAGCUGAGCACUGAGCUUCUUAAGGCGGUUGAAAAGGCUGGCUACAAGAAGCCAUCUCCCAUCCAGAUGGCAGCCAUUCCUCUGGGUUUGCAGCAGCGUGAUGUUAUCGGCAUAGCUGAGACUGGUUCAGGAAAGACUGCUGCCUUUGUGCUGCCCAUGCUUAUGUACAUCACCCGCUUACCCCCCAUGACAGAGGAAAACGAGGCUGAAGGCCCUUAUGCAGUUGUUAUGGCUCCUACAAGGGAGCUUGCCCAGCAGAUCGAGGAUGAAACUGUGAAAUUUGCUCAUUAUUUGGGAAUCAAGGUUGUUUCAAUUGUCGGUGGCCAGUCCAUAGAGGAGCAGGGGUUCAAACUCAGGCAGGGUUGUGAGGUUGUUAUUGCCACGCCAGGGCGUCUGAUUGAUUGUUUGGAGCGUAGAUAUGCUGUUCUUAACCAGUGUAAUUACGUUGUGCUUGAUGAGGCUGAUCGAAUGAUAGACAUGGGCUUUGAACCACAGGUUGUCGGUGUCUUAGAUGCAAUGCCUUCAAGCAAUUUGAAGCCUGAAAAUGAGGAUGAGGAGCUUGAUGAGAAGAGAAUAUACCGAACAACCUAUAUGUUCAGUGCCACCAUGCCUCCAGCAGUGGAGAGGUUAGCUAGGAAGUAUUUGAGGAAUCCUGUGGUUGUGACUAUUGGCACAGCUGGAAAAGCCACUGAUCUAAUUACUCAAAAUGUGAUGAUGUUGAAGGAGUCGGAGAAGAUGCAGAGGCUUUUGAAGCUGCUAGAUGAUCUUGGUGAUAAAACAGCUAUUGUAUUUUGUAAUACAAAGAAGAAUGCCGAUGCACGGGCCAAGGACUUAGACAGACUGGGCUAUAAGGUCACAACAUUGCAUGGAGGGAAAUCGCAAGAGCAGAGAGAGAUCAGCCUUGAGGGAUUCAGGAAUAAGCGUUUCAAUGUUCUGGUAGCCACAGACGUUGCAGGUCGUGGUAUUGAUAUUCCAGAUGUUGCUCAUGUCAUAAACUAUGAGAUGACCAACACCAUUGAUAUGUACACUCAUCGCAUUGGGCGAACAGGGCGUGCAGGGAAGACUGGUGUGGCCACAACUUUCUUGACCUUGGGUGACUCUGAGGUGUUCUAUGAUCUUAAGCAGAUGCUCAUUCAGAGCAAUAGCCCCGUGCCGCCUGAGCUUGCCAGACAUGAAGCUUCAAAGUUUAAACCUGGAACUAUUCCUGAUAGACCUCCUCGGAGAAAUGAUACUGUGUUUGCUCAUUGAUUCCGUUGGGGUUGUAGAAUAUUGAUAUUCUUGCAAGCUAUUGGAAAACUGCAUGUUGCAUCUCUCCAGAGAUGUUAUGCUUGCAAGUGUGUUACUACUUAUGAUAGUGAUGUUUCAUAAUUCUCUUCACUAAGGUACUUAUGUUCGGUAUUUUUGAAGCAUUUAAAUUCUUACUUCUCUUCA